GCGUCGCGCGCCGAACGAUUUUGGAGGUGCAGUUUAAAAUACUUCAUUGACUUUGCGUUUCCUUUAGCUUCGAUUUUGUUAUUGGUAAAAUAAUAUUCCGUAGACAACAUUCCCACGUUGUCUCGUGGCGAUGGAGAAAGAAAUAGAUAAAAAUUAUGCUAUUAAGAAAGCACCCGAUCUUACGGAUAUCACCAUUCUCAGUACGCCACUACCACAAGCUACCUCCACUGUUGACCGGCGAUCUCAGCAAGGGAGAAAACGUAGGUCAACUCUUGAUGAUCAAAACAGCAAGCAUAGACAGCUAAAUUUUGACUACAGCAAUGCUGAACAAAACACAGAUGAAUCUUCACUUGGAAUCAUACAGAAUAUUUCAUCAUUAUUGGGUGACAGUACUUUGGAAGAUCCUAGAAAUCAAAAUAGCCCUAAAAAAGAUCUUGAACGUAAAAAGAGUACAGAAUGUUAUACAAGGGACCGUGCUCGUGAAUUGUUACAAAAGUGUCAUGACUCUUUGCUUAUUAAUCCACCAAAUAAAGAGAAUGAUAUUAAUUCCACAAAUUUACAAAGAUACAGUAUACAGAAACGACUUGCUAAUGGAAGAUCCUCACAGUCUUCACAAAAUUGUCUUUCAAAUAUAGAUUCACAGUCAUUAUUGCACAAACGCUUAUCUAAUAUCAGAGAAUCACAAUGUCCCUUAUCAUCUCAAUCACAAAAGCAGAAACAUGAUCUUGAUCAGAAAUCUAUUGUAUCCGAUGAAAGUAUUGUUUUUUCACCUAACGAAAUAAGUGCUCGUUCAUCUGAACUGAACAAGACACCAGAAAAAACUGAACCAUUUCCUCAAACAAGUCUGAGUGAUUUCAGUUACAAUACUAAUGUAGCUGAGAUGAUGGCACAAUUCAGAGAUGAAGAAUUUAUGUCAGGUUCCAAAGCUGGAAGCCAAAUAUUGGCUGAUGAAAUUUCUUGGAAAAAAAAUAAAUUCUUGGUUCAUCCAGUUAUAAAUAAUAAUAGUAAUAAUAACAAUGAAAAAGAUCGUUUAGAACUUUCUUGCUUCUCUGGAAUCAUUGGAGAUAUUGAUUUGACAGUAGAUAGCGGAAGAGUGUCUGUAGGAAAUUAUUUCCAAAGAAAGUGUGGUGGUACAGGUCAUUUAUCUAUUACCAGUGCAUCAGAUAGACCAAGUUUUGGAUUAAAUUCAAAAAGCCCGCAACGAAAGGGUACAUUACGACCACUGGUUGAUCAAACUAUUAAUAGAACCAUUGAUUUAACAGAAGGAUCUUUUCUUUCUGGAAACAAAACUAGUAAGAGUAUAGAUUGCACAAAGGAACCAAGUCUAAUGAGUGUUACCAGUAUUGGUCAGGCUUUGAAAGAAAUAGAAUCGGGAACUCCUGGAAAGUUAGUUGAUCAACUUCUUGCAUACAAGAAACAGAAGAAACAACGAGCUAAAACCAAUAAUUUAGCUGGAGAUACCUACACUCUUCUACCAAGUAAUACUAGAACAUCUUUGCCAGUCUUAAAAACUUAUUUUAAUGACACACCAGAAAAAGAUUUAGGAAAUAAUAGUAGUCUCACUAGUAAAUUUUCUUUGGGCAACAAAAAUAUAAAUGAUAUAUCUGGUGAAAACCAGAACGAAAUAACUAACGAAGAAAAUUUUAUGCAUGCUAAGUUACAGCAAUUAAUAGACAUGAAACUUGAUGAUAUUACUCUAAAUUCGACCAAACCAACUUCAAAUAAAUCUGAUAAUGUAUUGAAUUUCCAACAAAUUUCAUCAGAACUAAAAAGUCCAAAUGCUAGUGUGGCUAGAACAGAACAAUCUCUUACGCCACGAUUGCGGCAAUUAUCGCAUCUGCCAGAAAAAUCCAAUAAAUUAUCCAGUUCAACUUCUAUUAACAAUAAAUCAAGUUUAAUUCAUGAUACAAUACCACCUGAUCUUAGUGAUCCAACUUUAUCAAAAAAUGAGUCAACGAUAAAAGAAAUUAACAUCACUGAUUCUUCUCUAAAAAAUUACUCAUUUGAAACAAGGAAAUUUGCACUUAGUCAAAACACUCAAGAGCUCUGUACUUGUUUAGUUGGGAUACCGAAAGAAGCAGAAUUCGAACUGCACAACGGAACAGAUCGAUGGAUUAUAUGUAAUUUGAAACUUGUUCAGAUUCAAGGAGAAAAAGAAAACAUCCAAUUAACACUACCUGUGGAUGACAUAUUAAUUGAACCAGAUGCAACAAAAUCGAUCAAAAUCGAGGUAAAAAUGCUUAGAAUGAGUAAACUGACUAUUGCUACUUUCCAUAUACCUUCCAUUGAUAUGGUAACAAGAACAAAUUGGAUUAUAAAACACCUAAUGUGUUUUGUACCAGAGGAUCCAGAUAUACGAAUAUCUGUACCUUUUGACGAUAUUAUUAUCAAUUUUGAAACAAUAACCGAGGAUACAAAUUCUAGUUUACCUAUAUCUUUUGAGAAUAAAAAUUCAAUAGAUAUACCGAUUAUAGUAAACAUUUAUCAAAAUCAACCUCAGUUGUUCAGCAUUGGUAAUUUUCUUGAUGAUACUUUUAAUAUAUCUCCUCAAAAAGAAUCAGCACAAGUUAUUUUAAAGCCAAAUCAGCCUAUGUCUAUGAACAUUGAUUUCAAAGGAAUGUCCCUUGUAUCUUUUGGAGAAAAAGUACUGCAAAAAGGUUUAUACAAUGCUGAAGCACGUAUGAGGAUAUUUAUAAGCUUCAGAGAACACGAAGAGUAUCUUAUUAAAGAAAUACCUUUAAAAGGAGCUAUAGGAUCUUCUAAACUAGAUAUUAUUGAUACACAAUUCCCACUAUUGCUACCACCCAGAAUGGAUAGAUUGGUCAUUCUCAAAAAUUCAGGUAGCAUUGCUGUAUCAGCUACAGCAGAUAUAGUGCAAUCAAAAGAGAAUCAAGUUGAGUGCAGAGAUUUCUAUAUUUGCCCAAACAACAUUGUACUCAAUGGAGGCGAAAAAUUAACAUUACAAAUUUCAUAUAAACCAGAAAAUAAUAAAACGGAUAUUGAAAAGUAUGCUGUGCUAAGACUUAGAGUAGGCAAUAAAGUGUCUUUUUAUUCUGUGAUUGGAGAAAAGAUUCUUGAAAAUGAACAGCUUAAUCCUGAUAUUUUUAAUCAAUUACAACGUUGCGAAACUCCUCAACGACUAAGGGAUGUUACUUCUCCUGUAUCGCCUCAUAGUCUAGGAUUUAAUAGAUCGGGUACAUCAGGUAGAUAUUCACCAAGUAGUACAGCUUCUGGUGGUGGACCUAUUCCGGGAGUGCCUAUACCUAUAAAAGCUUCACACACCGCUUUAGUUUGGGGUAGUAUAAAGAUUGGAAAGACGGAUAUUAAAAAAAUUAACAUUCGCAACACCAGCAAUAAUAAAAUAAAACUUUUAGUUUCUGUGACAUCAGAUGGAAAUACCUUCAAGCUUCUCAAAGAAAGACAAUCUACUACAAUUGUCGCUACUUUAACUCUUCAAGGUAUGGAAGGUCGAAAUUUAUUAGUAGUUUUUGCUCCCCACGUUCCGAAACCAGCGUCGGGAAAAAUAACGUUUUCGUAUUGCAAUUCUCAAAGAGUAACUCGAGAACCAUCUGGUCAUACAAAGAUGAUAUCGUUGUUUGGGCAUGGUGGAAAUAUCAAAAUGGAUAUAGAAGCAGUGAAAGACACUAGUGGGCAAAUGUGGCUUUCACUUGGAAAAAUUAAUCCUGAUGGCAUCCAACAUACUAAACUUCGGUUACAAAAUACUGGAAAUUUAACAAGUUUUGCGAAAUUAAAACUUGUACCAAAAGCUUUAUAUCCAUCUAUAACAAGUUGGGCUGUGGAACCGACUGAAUUAUUACUAGCUCCUAAUCAAAUUCAGUGGAUUACUAUACAAUACCGUCCUAGAAAGGAUGAUCUUGCUGCAGCUCACCAAAGUGGUAUAAUUCAUGUUGGAACAUUAAAAGUUACUUAUGGUGAUGAGCCAACAAGAUUGAGAAUAAGACGAUUGUACAAUAAAUUAAAAGAUAGCAAUCAAUUACAAGGCACAAUGAAUGAGGAAAGUGAUGAAUUUCAGGAAGUAAUUUAUCCAUUGUCCAAAGCUUUCCCUGGUGAAGUUUUUCCUCAAGAUUUGAGAAAGGUUAAUGAUUCAGUGCAAAAUCUAGGUGACUUAUGUAAAGAAAUUGUUCAAAAUGAAAUAAAAUUAACAAUAGAAGUUCAUGCAGAUGAAACAAUUUCAAUGCUUAAUGAUAACAUGGAUGAGUCACAGGCCUUUCACUCCUUGUGUAGUGAUAACGAUGAAUCAUAUUUUGGAGGAGAUAGUUUUUUACCAACUGAAUGAUUUUUAUGAAAAAUGUUUUUAUUUAGUGCCUUAAUUGCAUUAGAAUUUAGAAUUUAGUAGAAUUGAAAGUUUUCAUCUAGUAUAAUCUUGCCAUUUUUCAAGUAUACUAAAAGCACCAGAACAAUUGUA